UCCUCUGAAUAUAAAGCAUGCAAUCUUAAAUGUUGUUUUAUGGGCUGAUAUUAUUGAUUUUUCCAAAGAAAUGCUAAACUUGUCUGUAGCUUUAAAUUCAAUGUAAUAUAUCUUGUGUGGCAACAUAAUUUUUCCACUUCUGAAUGAUAUUUCUGUUGCAAUCUUUCAUAAUGUUUGAGAACCUUAUUCUCAUGUAAGAUUGAAUUUUGCAGUAUCUAGCAAAUACGGAUUUCAAACUGACUGAACUGUAUCUCUUAAAGGGAUGGUUAUAUUCUAUAUUAGUAAAUAUUCUGCCAUGUACCAACCCUUGAUGUUGUUUCAACCCUGCAUGCAUUUCUUCUUUGGAGCACAAAAGGAGAUGUUAGGCAAAAAACAGUCAUCAUUCACGCACUGUGUGGGGCAAAAAUAUGCUAAAAUGACAAGUUUUUCCUUGUGUUCCACAGAAGAAAGUCAGGUUACAGGUUUUGAACAUCAUGAGGUGUCCAGUGAUGAAUACUCCAUGUUUGUGCUGACGGGAGGUUCUGUUACACUGGAUAUACAGACUGAUGAACUGCAACAGUUUAAUGCAUUGGUCUGGAUGAAUGAGAAGUCUGAAAAUAUAGUGCGUUUUACAAAAGAGCCUAGAGUGGUAAAACCUUACAGUCCAUAUAAGGAUAGAGUGGAGUUCAAUACUGACACCUUCUCUCUAACACUGAAGAACAUGCAGAAGACUGACAGUGGAGUCUACAGAGUUCAAACAACUAGAGAAAAUGAGACGCAUGUUGCUGAAUAUGAAGUAUCUGUUAUAGAUGCAGUGGAGGCUCCAGUCCUGACUGUUGUCUCUAACUGGUCCAGCAAUGACUUCUGUACUAUGAACGUCACCUGUAGAGGUCAUGACCUCGCCCUCAGCUCUACCUUUCAAAAUUACAGCUGCUCUCAUGUGGAAAUUGCUUCCUUCGGCAUUAUCACUCUCAACCUGCAUUUCACUGAGGACUCCAUCAUCUGUAACCAUAGCAACCUCAUCAGCUGGAAGAGUGAAACAAAAGAUAUUGAGCAACUUUGUUCCCUGCAUGAAACAGUGUCUCCCCCUGCUGGUGUGUCUUUGUGUCUGCUGAAGACAGUGCUGUUCUCUGUAUUCCUGGUGCUCAUGAUGUCUGCAGUCAUCACCGUUCAUAUCAGAGAAAAACUUAGAAGAUCUUAA